UAAUAAUAUAGUGACAGUAUAAUUGCGCAGCUCACAUAAUACAAGUACGUAGAAUACAUAAAAGACUAAAGUGAAAGUUGGUAUUAAAAAAAAAAAAUAAUCAAUAAAUAUUGCGGACACUGUCGCUUUAAAUGGACGUCAGGGGCGGGGAAAGAGGAGGAUCUUAACGGCAGACAUACAGAAUAGGCACAAGAACGUUGCGCAACUUUCACAGAUUGUCUUGUGAGACUUUAACGUGACUUUUUUAUUUUUCCGGAGUGAGGGUCUCUCAUAAAACAUUUGUACCUUCGACAAUGUCAAACGCCGUGAAGAAUGUCGUCAUUUUCGGCGCGACGGGCAUGACCGGCCUUGCCACCCUCCCUCUCGCCACCGCGGCAGACUACAACGUGACGGUCCUGGUCCGAGACCCCGCCAGACUUCCAGCGGACCACAAGGCAUCCAGGGUGGUGGUGGGAGAUGUUCUCAACAAGGACGACGUGAAGAACGCGAUGGAGGGCCAGGACGCCGUCAUCAUCGUCCUGGGAACCCGGAACGACCUCAGCCCGACCACCGUCAUGUCUGAAGGGACCAGAAACAUCGUGGAGGCCAUGAAGGCUCGCGGCAUCCGCAAAAUGGUGGGCUGCAUGUCAGCCUUUCUGCUGUGGGACCGCUCCAAAGUGCCGCCUCGCCUGCUGGCCGUCACCGAGGACCACGACAGGAUGUACGACGUCAUCAAGGCGUCCGGACUCGACUACGUCGCCGUCAUGCCGCCGCACAUUGCCGACGAUCUUCCUCUGACGGAGCGCUACACGGUGACGGAGAACGCGCUGAAGGGCCGAGCCAUCUCCAAACACGACUUGGGACACUUCAUGGUCAAGUGCCUGUCCAACAACGAGUGGGAUGGCAAGACGGUGGGCGUGUGGGGCGACUACAAAUAGCUCAAAUCGCCACCUUGAAAGAAAAACUACGGUGGUGCCUCUACUUACAAACGUCUCUCGUCACGGAAAAUUCACGUUGCGAAACGGAAAAAAAUAAGAGCUGGAGUCGCAGCCCCCCCCACCCCAAAUUCCACCCACGGUAAACAUCCAGUAUUUUGGUUUGAAAGUGGCCCAGUAGAGCUGCUCUCCUAUUGGCUAUCCCCGGAGCAUCUUCCUGGGCUCCCGUUGGCUCGGAGGGACCUCAAUCUUUACCCAUGAUGCCUUUCGUUCCCCUCGGACGCUCGAGCGUCACCGAAUCACACGCAAACGCUUUCACACGCUUUGUUACACGACAGCGCAUUUGUGGUUUUUGCAAGUUUAUUCAUAUUUCUUCACCACGGCCCCCAAGCAAGAUUUUGUGGCAUGAAGUUGUGCGCGGACAUCCAUAUUUCUCUUAGCUGCCAAACGUUUACCUCCUCCUCCUCCGUCCCCCACAAUGCCUUUUGCUUCUCUCCGCAUAGUCCCACAACGCCAAAGAUAAAUGAAAUUUUUUUUCAUUAUUCUUUACAUGAUGUACUUUGAUUUUUUUUUUCUUGGGGGGGGGGGGGGGGGUCUUGGAAAAACGCUUCUAUCAUGGAAAAAAAAAACAUGCUAUGAAAUGACUUCCGGAACAAAUUAAUCUCAUAAGUAGAGCUAUCACUGUAUUUUUCAAUAAUGAUAGCAGCUCUUUUUUCAUAUAAAGACACAAUAUUGCUAGUUCAUAAUUCAAGAUUUGAAUUGCCAAACUCUACAACUCUUCUGUUAUGUCAUUUUCCAAUAAAUCAACUUGAAGUA